UCCCCUUCCUUCCUCACCCAACCGACAGUUUCCAAGCCUACCAAACGAAUUAUGUCUACCUUUGGAUCCCAGUUUCGUGUUACUACCUACGGUGAAUCCCACUGCCGUUCGGUCGGCUGUAUUGUCGAUGGCGUUCCUCCUGGAAUGCCACUGAGCGAAGCCGAUAUUCAGACACAGCUCUCUCGUCGCCGUCCCGGCCAGUCGGCACUAACUACCCCCCGUAACGAAAAGGAUAACGUGCAGAUUCAGUCUGGGACUGAGUUCGGAUAUACACUUGGGACGCCAAUUGGUUUGAUGGUGCAGAACCAGGACCAGAGACCACACGACUAUUCGGAAAUGGACUUGUAUCCGAGACCUAGUCAUGCCGAUUUCACCUAUCUCAUGAAGUACGGAGUCAAGGCUAGCUCGGGAGGUGGUAGAAGUAGCGCUAGGGAAACCAUUGGUCGCGUUGCUGCUGGCGCCAUUGCUGAAAAGUAUCUUGGUUUGGCUUAUAAGAUCGAAAUUGUGGCUUUUGUGUCAAGCGUCGGACCCAUCCAUAUUCCAGGGUCGUUAGAUCAUACCUCUCCUCAAUACAUCGCCUUCCUUUCGGGCCUCACUCGCGAGAAGGUGGAUACUUUUCUACCAGUCCGAUGCCCUCACACCGAAUCCAACGACAAAAUGGCCAAGUUGAUUGCGGAAUAUCGUGAUAAGAGCGACUCCAUCGGGGGAACCGUCACCUGUAUAAUCAAGAACGUUCCCAUCGGCCUUGGUGAGCCAUGUUUCGACAAGCUCGAGGCAAAACUUGCACACGCUAUGCUCUCAAUCCCCGCAACUAAAGGCUUUGAAGUUGGCUCGGGGUUCAAGGGCACUGAGAUGCCGGGAUCUAUCCACAAUGAUCCCUUCGCUUCUGCUCCCGAUACGAAUGGAAGGUUGGGCACCACGACCAAUAACUCGGGUGGCAUCCAGGGUGGUAUUAGCAACGGAGAGAAUAUUUACUUUAAGGUUGCUUUUAAGUCGCCCGCUACAAUUGGUAUCGACCAGCCCACCAGCAAAUACGAUGGAACUUCUGGUGUAUUGGCCGCUAAAGGAAGACAUGACCCAUGUGUUGUUCCUAGAGCGGUCCCCAUCGUUGAGGCUAUGGCGGCUUUGGUCAUCAUGGAUGCCGUUCUUAUUCAGCAGCAACGCGAGACGUCUAGAUCUCUCCUCCCACCCAUGCCCCAACCCAUUGGAUUGAAAACCCCAGCCGUAGUUGAUGGCAGCGAGAAAAGGGUCGACCCAUCUAAUGUUCCAGAGGCUGAAAGAACCAAGUUGGUUUCUGACCCCAAGGGAGGUCAGGUAGUUGGCGGUCAAGGAGAGGUAUUUGGCGAUGAGUAACGCUAUUGAACUAGUAUACUAUCUUCUAUCGUGCGGGGUUUCUUAGACAGUGGGGGAUAUUCGGCAUAAAUAUAAAGGCAAGACACUAAACUCUA